CUAGCCUUAGGGUCUCCCUUCUUUAGAUUUUGGAGGAUAAAAUCAAGCUUUUUGACUUCCUCCUGGAUUUCAGCUCUAAUUUCCCUAUUAGGUUCAUCUAGGAGGACCUCAUUCAGAAGGUCUCUAGCCCUGGAGACCUUUUGGACCCUAAUUAAGGUUAGAUUUAGGGCUUUUGCCUUUUUCUGGGCUUUAGACUGGAGAAACUGGUCUUCCUCGGGCAGGUCAGACAUCCUAAAAGGGGAUGAAUUGGGGUCCCUAGUACCCAUAGGGGUUCUAGGGGUUUUAGGGGUGGUCAUAGGGGCCUUUUUCCUACUAGAAGGCUAA